UGAAUUUGUUUGUGGUCAUGCACCAUCCUGAAAUAAACUGACAAAUUUAGCUCCAAGUAAACAAUUAUAUAUGACGUGCUAUUAGCUAGCUAAAAGAUAUAAAUACUCUUUAAUUUCACACUUCUUCAACUCUUGUGUUCCUUCUUCCAUGUUUCAAUAAGCAAUCUGAUGUGGACUGUGGUGGCUCCACUACCAAUGAUGCACACCAUCUAUAUGAGAGAAGUUUUGAGUGAAUUUGAGUGAUUUGAUAUAUGAACAUGGAAGGGCCUUAUGAGGCAUCAUCAUACAAUGGAGAAUCUGCACAUAGAAUCCUUCAGAUGAUUAAACCCUCUCCUUACAAACCCUGCACCAAACUAUCAUCAAGUUGGUUUGAUAUGAGAGUUUUUUUUGUGAGAGUUAGUGGCUUUCAGGUGGAUGAAACCACCCCUGAGUUUCUGCAUCUCAAUCACACUCCUCUCAGCCCUGACACCCUUUUAGAGGUGAAUGGUGUGAGGAGUAGCAUGUACACUGAUGAAGGAGAGUCUUCAGUUCUCAGAAGGAACCGUGUUGAUCGGAAAUCGGAAGAAGCUACCUUUGUGAACACAGAUAGCAUACGUUUAACCGGGAGCGUGAAGUUUGAGGUUUAUGAUGAUAAAGAUCACUGUGUUCUUCUCUCUGGGGUUCUUGAGAUGUCAAAUGGAAAUGGGUUUGUUGAGGAAUCAAGAAGUAAUGCUAAGAAAUGGAGCAUGAAUUGUCACACAGAAAUGACAAGUAACAGUGGUUUCUUCAGAGGAAAACAUGUUGCUGUUCCUGAAAUUGAGGUUUAUGUUGCUGGCUGCUUCUCAGGAACACCUAUAAUCUUAACCAAGACUCUGCAGCUCAAUUGCAGGAAGAAACAUAACAGAAAAUGCACAUUGGACGUCAUUCCAGAAUAUGAAUCAGCUGAAUGCCACAAAGAUGUACCUCAUAAUGGACUCCAUUUGCAGGUAGCUGCUGAAUGCAGAAGCUUCAAACCAGAACAUGAAGGGGACUUCAGCAGCAUGUAUUGGCAAAGAACAGAUUCUAUAGAUUUGGAAGAGGGUGAACUAUCAUGGUUUAAUGCUGGUGUAAGAGUUGGUGUUGGAAUAGGGCUUGGAAUCUGUGUAGGAGUUGGUAUAGGAGUUAGUCUAUUAGCACGCUCAUACCAAGCAACAACUCGUAGUUUUAAGAGGAGGUUCAUAUAAUAAAACCCUUUUUUGUUGGAAUUCAUAUGUUCUAUAGUUUGAAUUUGAAGGGAACUAGCUAUCAGUUGUAACCUUUUUUAUUCUAAUAACUUUCUGCAUAUUUUCUUUCAAAGAAAUGUUCUUGUUACACAGGUACUGAAAAAAUGUUCAACUAUUGUCGUUGGGAUUAGGUGAGCCUGUAGGUUGUAAAUAAAACACUUGUAUGAAAUAUGUUUUCAGGUAAAUGGAAGUGUUUUCUGACAA